AUGCCAGUACCAGCGCCGACAAAUCAGCAGAUCGAGCUCUUUCCGGCGUUGAUGCUGCCGCAUAUCGAUGCCGCCCGUACGUCUUCGUGGCACGACACAUUCGCCGACAUUACCUUUCCUGCGCAAAUCAUCGAUCUCGCAGAGCUUGGCGAGCAAGAGGAGUUUCUGAGAUGGCUCGAGGCGGAUUCGAUCUUUUACCCGGAAGGCAGUGAAGGCACCGAAGAGACAGCUACCAUAUACCAAGAACCCUCCUCCCGCUCCCGAUCGUCCUCCAACGCCAGCAACAGCUCUUCCUCAUCCAUACCCCCCGUCUAUCGCCUGCCAAAAUUGAACGCGGCCAUCCGAGAGGCUAUCAAAUCAUUCGGCGGUGCCGCCUUUCCAAAGCUCAAUUGGACCAGCCCCAAGGACGCUGCAUUCAUACUGCCCCAAGCAUCCUACGGUCCCCUAUACUGCACCACCCCGUCAGAUAUCUACCUCCUCCUCAAAUCCAGCGACUUUGUCACACACGACAUCGACCCCAUCACCGCCCACUCUGGUUUGGACGCUAAUGACCUUGCGUUGGGCAUAAAGCCAAAGAUUGAACUGGUGUUGAAAAAGUUUGAGAGCCUGAAUCCGUCGAGGGAGGUGCGUGCGUUUGUGAGGGAGAAUGUGCUUGUCGGCGUGUCUCAAAGAGACAUGAACUUUUACGACCAUCUCCAACCACAAGAAAUCCGGGACAAGGUAGUCAACACUGUCAGAGAGUUUUGGCUGGACGAGAUCCGAGACAACUAUGAAGGCGGCGCCAACUAUACAUUCGACCUCUACCUUACGCCCAAUUAUGAAGACGCCACGAUAAUAGAUUUCCAACCCUACCGCCAAUCCACCGACGCCCUUCUCUUCACAUACGAACAACUCCACGCCAUCGCCCAAGCUGCCCUCUCCCCCUCAUCCUCUUCCUCCCCAGGCUCACCACAAACAACGCCAACACUUCCGAUUCUGCGGAUAAUCGAAUCACAAGCACACCCAUCAGUAACGAGGAAUGCGCCGACGUAUCAGACGAGUAUGAUGCCUUUGGAGAUGAUUGAGCUGGGGGAAGGGCGGAAUAUGGCAGAAUUCAAGGAGGCUUGGGAUGAAGCUGUCAGGGCUGGGAUGGAAGAGGAAGAGUAG